AGAGAACAACGCCAUCCGGGUUGAGGGAGACGAUAUGCACCCCGCGAACAUCAGCAUCGUUGCCCGCCAAUGCGUCACGGAGCUUAUGCGGGAUGUAGAUAAAAUACACACAUAGAAAUGCGACGGAGGUCGCAAAGGUUAGGACGAGAAGGCCCAGGCACAGCCAUUGUUUCCAGCUGUUCUUGGUGGCCUUUAUGAGGAGGUCGGAGUGGUCUGGGUAUGUUCCGUUGGCGGCCUGUUGUUGUGUCUCCCCUCUUAGGAGAGGAGUGUCUUCUGUUUGGAGGUGCUGGUCGUCGUCGUCGUCGACUUGGACUGCUGCCGAAGGGUCGGCUGGUUGCACGGUGGUAGCCAUGAUCCUGACUGCUUUGUCGCUGUGAGUAGAUAGUACUAUACUACUCUUAUCUCUUUCCAGUCAUGAAUAUGAGGUACGUUGUCGGUUGGAUUGUCAGUUGGCUGUGUGUCGUUCUUCGGUGGUUGGUUUGUGGAGGAAAGAGAGGAAAGGCGAGUGCGGAGACGCCAGCCCACACCCUGGCCCACACCACACCUCCCGGCUUCAAAUUCAGGUUCAUCCAGUCUCCAGCCCCGACAAGUUACAACCCUUCAGCAGCUGUCUAUACGAAAUCAUACCCCCAUAUACGUCCCACGGAGCCUCCGCUUGCUUCAUAUCGGCUGCUGCCAACCACCCUCGUCCUUCAUCCCACUCACAUAUCCACACCACUCUCACUGCCAUCCCUCACGAUGCCCUCCCCCUUCGACCUCGACGACUACGCCGAAGAAACGCUCCGCUCGCCAGACAAACUUUCCACGCUAUGUCUGCACCGUAUCUCCCGGAGCUCUCAUGCCCUGAAGUCGCUAGGUCGCGUACCGUACCAUCUGGUCAAGGAGGUGUUGGAGAAAUGCAAUGCGAGCCAGUUGGAGAUGUUUGAGGAGAAUAGUUUGAACAUCCUACCAGAUUCAUGUGAGCUUUGGAAAGGACAUGUUUUGUCGGAUUUUGCGGAUUUGAGGGAGGAUUAUAAAGCCGGAGUUUUGGGGGAGCCUGAGAAUUGGCGGGAUUUGUAUAUGGAUAAACGAGCAGAGAACGACGACAAAGUCCGCCGCAUGCGAGCCAAACUGCGACGAGCGCGUGACGAGGCUGCUGCUUUGAAGGACGCAAAGAAGAUCAAGAUUGUUGAUCCGUUCAUCUUGCCGGGCCGUGGGACUGGGAACCCUUUCCUGCCGAAGAAUAAACGGGCGGAAAGCAGUAUUCUCAGCAAAGCGCGCAAGGAUGCUAAGAAAGUAUCCCGCCACUUCGACGUAAUCGCCUCCGCCGCCCCAUCAGCGACCUCGCGAGGCCCGCAUCCAGGCCGUGCAGCGACAUCCGGCCUCCCAUCGUCAUCACUGAAACGACCCGCCCCGUCAUCUUCGUCGAAUGCGAGCGGGAAUGUGGCUCAGCUGCCUCCUGCAAAGAGACCAAAGAAUGGAGGGUUCACAAGCAAGGCUAUGUCUUCUCUUGCUCGUAAGCUGCGCUGAGUUCAGCCUUCGCGAUUUUUUUAUUUUUGGACCGCCCCACUUUUCAUUUUUUGGAUACUUUAUCGGACCGACUCGUCUCGCGAGAUGACACGGCGUCUUGACAUACUCGAUUCACAGCAUAUUUGGUAGCGCAUAUUCAUGAGAAAGGGCCGGUGUUUGUGUGUCUUGGGACUUUUCUCAACGCGGACACUUCUCGACUCACUCCCGACUUGCUCCCAAGAACCACAACACCUUUCAUUUUAGGCAUUGUUCUGGCACUCGCAUAGUAAAUGUAGUCGGGGAAUAGAAAAAGAAUAACAUAGGAAAUCGCUCGGGGCACCCCCCAAAACUCUUCGGGGCACCCCCUUUAGUGCUUUUAACAGGGACGUCCCUGCGUCAACCCAGCGUGCACUGUUGGCCUUCGAGCAUGAGGAAAGAGCUCUUGCCAAGGCCAGUGGCCUGCGGAAGUGCUCCUCAUGCAAACAGUAAUGACAGG